CGGGAAUCCACUGUUAAGACCCAGUUCCAUCUUCGCCCUUUGUUCUCUCCACGGCGUUGGGUUUCCCGUACAGUCCAUAUUCUGUUCAAAGUGACCGGCAUAAAGAAAAUUUCUGUGGAUUUUAUUGAUAAGCUUUCUUCACAGACUGGCGUAUACCAGAUGUGUACCUCCUAUGGCAGGAAUAGGACAGCUCUUUUCAGUACUGGUCCUAGCAGUACUGUAGGUGCGCCGUCUUUCAGCGACAUGGCCGCCUUUUGUCCCUCCGGUUACAGCUCCAGACCUGGUUCCUCGCAGCACAAUGGGGACGUACUGAACCCUGCGACCGGUGCUUUUUCUUUACGACCUGGAUACUCCAAUACAGCAGAUACAAAUCCUGAAGACGUUUCCUCCUAUUUCAACGCGAUCGGAUACAAUGGUGGACAGUCUUGUCCUCCUCGGAAUUUUUCUGAGCCAUCGUUGUUUCCUUCUCUGUCCGUCAUUAAUCGGACGAUGGGACAUGACCUGGGUGGUAGCCGCAUUGUUGGUGCGGGAACUUCAACAAGACCAACAAGUGAAUCUUUGGCGACCAACAAUACUCGAACCUCUGGCAACCUUUUUUCUUCGGGUUUAACCAGCGAACCUGGGACGACUAACACGAGUUUGACUUCCUCAUCCUCGAGAGGCGUCAAGUUAGAUCCUGCUGAAUUUCCCCCCAUCUUGACUGCCGUUGGUCGCGGUGGAAGUAGUUCACUUGGUGGAACGUUCCAUGCCUCUUCGAAUCAACCUCCUCUCCGUAAUUAUGUUUCUGUAAUGUCGAAAGGAUCACUCGGGUCGGACUCAGGCGCAAGCCCUAUUAGUCAAUUCACUCACACGGUCACAAGCCAAGCCACUCCUGAGUUUUCAAAGCAAGAUUUUCCGGCUCUUCCAGGCCAGCAUACUUCUGCAUCUAAUACUUCCACCUCCACGUCAUUGUCAAAUCUGACCGCUGUCUCUGGGACAGUACAUAGGUCCAUGGUGAUUAAUCCGUCCUCCGUUACUCCCGGUUCUUGUGGAAGCGCACUGGGCACACAUCGGACGUUCACUCAAGCAUCUGGAUCACCACUGCCCGUAGGAACGGCUGCAACAUCAGUGAAUGCCGUAUCCAUGGGUUCUGGUAUCCAGCUUUUGCCAAACCACCUUGUGGCAAAUAUUCCGAAAAAUAUGAUAUGCGAUCAGUUCGGUAUGGUGGGCUUAUUGAAGCUGAUUCGAGUAGGAGACUACGAUACGACGUUGAAUAUGUUAGCUCCGGGUCUGGACCUUUCAACUUUACACAAUAACUGGCAAAGUCCAGGCGAACUACAUAGUACGUUUGUUUCCCCUUGUCAUGAUUCGUGUAUUGGUCGACCACAAGACAUGGAUUAUGCUGUUCCGCCCGAAUAUCUUAUUCGACAUCUAAUCGCCGACCGCUUACCGGAUCCACCGAUGGAUCAGUUGUCUGAGGAGACGUUGUUCUGGUUAUUUUACAAUUGCUGCAGAGAGGAGGCGCAGUUGGUUGUAGCGAAAGAACUUUACCAACGCGAAUGGCGGUUCCAUAAAAAAGAACAAAUCUGGCUUACUCGGAUUAUGGGUGCGAAUUUCACAACGGACAGUAAUUCAGAGCAAGGAGAGUACUAUUUCUGGGACCCAUUCAAGGCACAGAAGUCCACUCACCAAAUGACUAUUCUUUACUCGGACUUGGAUGAUGCACCGGCCGCGUUUCGUGUGAGUUCGAAUACCUUGAGUGCGUUUGUUGGUAUCGGACAUCCGAUGGGAGCAGCUAGUGGAUCACAUCAUAUCACUGGAUCUCAUUCACAAACGAAUUUACAGCAACAACACCUUGUUAACUACCAACAGGCGUUUCCGCAUUCCCAGAGUCAGGCUAUGUUGAAUCGGCAUCAAGUCACCGGCGGCGUGUCCAUUUCGAGCACAGCCUCGCAUCAACCAGGUUCACAGUUGGUAAGCGCACAAGGUGGAUCUGGCUCAGCCUCUGCUGCUACACUAGCCAGCUUAUUUAAUGCGCGGACCCAAUCGAAACCGGCGCAGCUUAGUCCCACAGCAAGUUACUUUCAACCACUACCUCCUCACACUCGAAGCGUUGCCGUGGCCCCCUUGUUUGCGUCGCGAUCACUAGCGGGCGGUGUAGUACAGUCGAACACGCCGUCAGUAUCGCCUGCGACUACUCUAUGUUCCGUGCCUGUGACGUCGAGCACUGCAGCUGCUAGCAACUCUAGUUGUGUUUCAUCCACGAACGUAACCCACAGUUUGACGGCGGUGGACUCGAACCAUACGAACGAUUCUGCUCAGAAUCGGACAUCAAAUUCGUUAGGCGGCGUCGAGGAUUCUGGGGGCUUGCAGUCUAAAUUUGAAUCGUCCCACCUCUAGUUCGCUUAUCAAGAAGUAGGCAGCCGCGCCUGUUCACGGUCUGGGGAUCGGGUUCAGAAGACCCUGGGGGCUCACUGGCAACCGCAUAUCUCCACUUCUUUUUCGUUUCCUCCAUUUCUAAUUACUUGCACCUUUCUUACCGUCCAUUCCUGUUCGGCCUAUUUAAUCGACGACUGUGGGAUCCGUUAGUUUUCUCUCCUGCCUGAUGAUCAGAGAGGUGCUACCUCACUUUGCCUCGGGAGGUAACCCGCACAUCGCUUGGGCCACUGUUGCUAACGAAUGAUCGGUCUCCAAACAAAUGACAGUGGCUCAUUGCAUCUAUCAAGAAGGCGGAACAAAUGUUUGUUCCAAUUCUCCGUUGAGCAUAAUUGAGGUGUAAUGCCUUUCUCCCGGUUCCACGGCAUUUUCACACUUCCAUCUCCAUGUUUACUUUUCCCAUUCUUUGACGGUUGUAUCUUUCAAGUAUUAACCGACUUUUGGAUGUAUGGUAUGACAAUCUUGUGUCCCGUGUCAUUCCGUAUGACCCCUUUCUCUUCUUGUUCCGUCCUCUCAGUCCGAGCUCAGUUCCCUUUCCUAAGCUUGAUCAGCUUAACUCAGUUAUGGCAGCCUUCCUUAUUUAUUGUGAUGGCACUUUUUUCUCUUCUCUUCAUCCGUGUACAGUGCUUGUCCAAGGGAGUGACGGCGGCAUUUCUCAGACAAAUAUGUGCGACAUCUGGUCUAUGUAACUUACCUACUUCCCACCUCAGCGUCAGUUUCGAUUUCCAUCCCGGCCGUAUUAGAUCUUGUGCGUUGCUGCACACGUACCCCUGC